AUGUUGAGCGUCCAGGGGAUCUCGCUCAUCAAGGUUCCUCACGGGAUCUGCGACCAGGUUAACUCUGAAGCUGGUUAUUACCCUGUAGGAGAAAAUAAAGAGUAUUUUUACUGGUUCUUCGAAAGUCGAGCAGAUCCUUUAAAUGAUCCUGUAAUAAUACGGGCACCGGAACUAGUUGUUCUUUGGUUAAAUGGAGGACCCGGGUGUAGCUCAGAAAUUGGUUUAUUUUAUGAAAAUGGACCAUGCCGUUUGAAAUCAAAUAAUAAAAGUACUAAAGUUAAUCCUUUUUCUUGGAAUAAUAAGGCAUCUAUCAUUUAUGUGGAUCAACCUACAGGAGCCGGUUUUUCGAUAGGAAUUGCUAUCGGGAACGGACUGACUGAUCCUUUAGUUCAAUAUAAAAGUUACUGUGAGUAUUCACUUAACAAUGGCUAUCGAAUGCUCUCCAGUUUGAACGUGUACAACAUUAAAGAGAAAUGCUAUCAGCCUCCCUUAUGCUACGAUUUUUCUGGCGUUGAAAAUUUUCUCGGCUCGCCUCUAAUAAGAGAAGCUUUGGGGGUAGGCAACGCCUCGUGGGAAAGCUGCAACAACCACGUGAGCUAUAACUUUAGGGAAAUAUACAACUUUCUGGGCUUAUUAAAAACCGCUUGGUUUUUUUUUAAUAAAUUAAAUUUCAAGAGCUUGCUUGAAGAGAACAUUAGAGUGCUGAUCUAUGCGGGAGAUUUGGAUUACAUUUGUAACUGGAUAGGAAAUAAAGAAUGGACAGAAAAACUUAUGUGGCGUUACGCAAUGCGCUAUAGGAUUUCUCCUUUGGAGCCUUGGAGUGGCGAUGGAGGGGCCAUUAAGGGAGAAAUAAAAAGAGCAGAAAAUUUAAUUUUUUUAAGAAUUUAUGAAGCUGGUCACAUGGUGCCCAUGGAUCAACCAGAAACCGCACUUCUUAUGUUCAAUCAGUUCAUGGAAAAUACUUUAGAUUACAAUUAA